UAUUUUCUAUUUAGUGUUUUAGUGAGAUGGCAAGGAAGCCAAGCAUGGGUCGCCAGAAGAUAGAGAUCAAGAGGAUCAAUUGUGAGGCCUCUAGACAAGUCACCUUCUCUAAACGCCGAGCAGGGCUGUUCAAGAAGGCCAGUGAGCUUUGCACGCUCUGUGGAGCUGAAACAGCCAUCUUUGUCUUCUCUCCUGCAGGAAAGGUCUUUUCCUUUGGCCACCCUACCGUAGAGUCCAUCGUAGAAAGGUUCCUCGCGAAAAACGAUCCCCGACCGGAAGUGGUUGCGUUGCCACUCUUGAAUGCUUACUGUGGAACCAAUCUUUAUGAACUUAACCGACAGUACUCAGAGGCACUCAACCAGCUGGAAACCGAGAAGAAGCGAGCUGAGGCACUCCAUAAGUCGUCUAUAGAAGCAAAGAAGGGUGAGCCCUGGUGCGAAGCACCCAUUGAAGAUAUGGGAUUGCUUCAGCUUCGGCAGUUGAAGAUGUCCAUGGAGGAGCUUAAGAAGAAAAUGGUGAAACGUGCAGAUGAACUAGUAGCUAAUGAGUCUAAGGUUACUUCCCCUUUCUUAGCUAUCAAUUCAAUGAGAGCUGUGGAUCGCUUUGCAGCAGCUAGAGAUACCCCAUAUCCAAAUAAUGCUUCAUUAAUGACCCCUUAUGGACAUGGUUAUGGAUUUAGUUUGGGACGGGGUCUAUUCUGAAUUCUUC